GACCCCACCAGCCGCGUAAAAACCGGGCGAGAGCGUGGUGCUGGACACGUAAUUUCGAGCAAAGUGAGGGGCACUUCCAGUCCUACUGCGCCGCGUGGUAUGAUUUCUAGUUCUAGGUCAUGUAGCUUGGGGUGCAAGUCACAGCGUGCAGUCAUUUACCAUAUUGCCCCCCAGGCUCGGAUGUCCAGGAGUGGUUUAUGUAUGGGAAGGUCUUGGCUGAUUAAUAGCAGAGGACUUGCACAGAAAGUGAGAAAUGCCAAUGUCCCUGAAAAACAUGGAGUCCGAGAUUGUGGGGCGACUCGCGAAUGCCCAAAUUGCCAUCACAUUGUCGACAACAGCGACGUUUACCAGGACUGGCCUGGCUUUCCUGCUGGUGUAAAGUUUGAGCCCUCUGAUGCGGAGCUCUUGGAACAUCUAGCAGCCAAAUGCGGGGAAGGAAGCUUGGAACCCCACAUGUUUCUUGAUGAGUUCAUCCCCACACUCGAGGGCGAUGAUGGAAUUUGCUACACUCAUCCAGAGAACCUUCCUGGUGCCAAAAAGGAUGGAAGCAGCAUUCACUUCUUUUACAGAACUAAAAAGGCGUACGCGACUGGGAAACGAAAGCGUAGGAAGAUUAGCAACGAGCAAAGUUUGAUGGUAGAGCGCGUGCGUUGGCACAAGACUGGGAAGACCAAAGCUGUGAUGGAGAGGGGAGUUCAGAAGGGGUGUAAGAAGGUGAUGGUCCUUUACAGGAGCGCCAAGAAGGGGGAAAAGCCCGAAAAAACGAAUUGGGUGAUGCACCAAUACCAUCUUGGGAGUGAGGAGGAUGAGAAGGAAGGCGGGUUCGUGGUCUCAAAGAUAUACUAUCAGCAGCAGAAGCAGACCGACAAGAUGAUGACGAUGAGUGCCAAUAGUGAUAACAACAAUGAUGUUCUUGUUCAUCUUCACCAUCCCAAGGGGGAAUAUUCAGAUAGGUGGACUGCCUGCCAAGACAUUCCCAAGACUCCAAUGGCUGCCAUCCCCAAUCCUCCUCGUGCUGGAGAAACGCCUUCAUGCGAUCACUCCUUGGCCGUGUCCCCCGUGGAUGAUCUUUUGAACUUGGAAAUGGACACUCUACCAGAGUUUUCUUUGCAGGAUCUGCAGUUUGGAUCUCAAGACAGCAUCUCUAGCUGGCUAGACCGGUUAUGAUCUUGUCCCGAAUCCGAGUUCGUUGAUGGCAUUUUGAGGUCAGGGAGGAUUCCUGAAGAAUGAUGAUGAGAGUCCAGUUUUGAUUUUGAGAUUUGGCCUCAUUUUGAUACAACCUUCAUCACCUUCAGUUCAUUAUUGUGUGUAUCAUAUGCUUUUGUGUUCUAACAAUUUGGUUUAUUGUUAAAGGUGUCAAUUAAAGAAUGUAUGUGUUU